AUGUCCAAUAAUGCAAAGGUGCAACGACAACGAAAAAGGACGGUUGAAAAGAAACGACAAACGAGUCAAAUAAACAGUCCACCUGAAUUAGUUCCCGAUAUACUGUAUGAGAUCUUCUUUUACUUAUUUAUUGAGGAUGAAGAUGACCCGGCCUUGAUAUCAGAAAAUGGAACAAACAGGAGCAAUCCAGUAUCAGAUAUUUAUAGUUGUUUACUGGUCAAAAAAAGUUGGUCUGAAGUUGCACUUCAAUUUUUGUAUAGUAGACCAUUUAUGCGAAGAGGAAGGAAGCAAGUUGAAUUAUAUCUUUCAAUGCUCAAAUAUAAUGAAAUUAAAUAUCUGAAAAGUCAAGGAAUCCAAGAAAUGAAUAAGAUACAUUCGAAUUAUCAAAUAACAACAAAAUAUCCAUAUCCGGCUUACCUUAAAACGCUUGACUACGGAAGAUUAGUAAUGUCAGUUUGGGCUUUCUGCAAUUCAAACUGGACAACUCGAGCACUUGAUAAUAAAGUUAUUCUGGUGACCCGGGCUUUACUUCGACUUUUCGCUAGAUCGCAUUCGACACAUUUCACCAUUAUCAACUGUUCACUUGGCAAAUAUUCAUUUGCUGAUGCGUAUUAUUCGAUCCUUGCUGAACCGGAAUUUGAUCAAUUUCUUGCAACGGUGAAAAGAUGCAAAAUUGAUUGUAAUUUUGCAGAUGAUGCAACUUUUCUAGAUCAAAUUCCGAGAAGUUUACGAAAUUUGGAUAAAAUUGAUAUGAAAUCUUCAACGACAAUGAAUAAACUUGGAAAGAAAUGUUUCAUCACCGACUACAGCAGCGUAAUCAUCUCGCAAAAGAAUUUAGUUUCACUCCAACUGCAACAAUACGAAUCAUUUCUCGAUCGAAUACUGGAAUCGCUGACAUUUCAAUCGCAUUCGCUUGUCGAACUGAAAUUCGUUGAAUGCGAUUUCAACAAUUGUCUGCCAUGGUGGGGAAUCGCUGCUUGUCAGAAAUUAACAGAUUUGCAGUUCAUUCGAUGCUGGAAUAUUAGUUUUGACAUAGCAACACCAGUGCUAUCUGCUACUUUUCCUUAUUUACAGAAUGUUUCAGUUGUUGAGUGUGCUUUCAACUGUUACCAUUUUAUUUGUCCAGAGUUUAGGCAAUGGGCUAGCAAUUAUAGUAAUAGUAAUGUUAACCAUAAUAACGAGUUAUGUAAUAUUGCUAUGAACAAACAUAAUGCUGGUGAUGUACAACAACAACAAAUAGAGGAGGUAUUAAGCAAUUACCCCGCACUAGAUUUCGAUCUGAGAUUUAAUUUCGAUGUAGAUGCUGUUGGUGCUAGCUUAGUCGAUAACAUUUUUGAUCGAUACAUAGAUUUAGAUAGCGUACUCGCUUCGCCAUCGGGUGCCGGUCAAAAUGGUAUAAUUUCAGAUAACAUUUUUGAUCAAUAUUUAGAUUUAGAUAGCGUACUCGCUUCACCUUCGGAUACCGGUCAAAAUGGUACAAAUGGUAACGAUGGAAAUUAA